GAUGGACCCGCAUGCCGCAUGAACGUCGGAGGUCUCGGCGAAAUUGGUCUCCACUGCGACCAAAACAUAUCGCUCACCUCUGCGCGAAGCUCAGCACAACACCUCUCGUCCAUGGGUUCUCCACUCCUUAAGACCCGUUUCUAGUGCGACUCCGACUCUCAGGCCCCUGAGCUUUUUGACAUCAUCAUGGAAGGCGGGGAGAUGUUCACGUCUAUCGAAGACAUCCAAGCAGAAGCGAAAGCCAGAGCGCAAGCGCAGCGUGCGGAAGAUGCGCAAUUGGGUGGUCCGAAGCCGACGACCACAGAUGUGAAGACUGCGAAGAAGGCUGGCGAAGUCCACUUCAAGGCGCAGCAUGGCCUUGUUGUUGCUUUCUUCAGCUUCAUCCUUGCCCUCCACGUUGUCGGCAUCUACCUCUUCACGACCGGCUUCCUUCUCACGCGCCUUGUCCUCCCGCACACGUCCGAAUGCGCCGUCCCACCAAUUGAGCUCACAAGGGGCUAUGUAGCCGGCGAUGCAGAGAAAGGCUGCUGGCAUCCUAAGACCUACAGUAAGGCCAUUGUGGUCAUUGUCGAUGCGCUGCGAUACGACUUUACGGUGCCAUUUGAGGCCCAAUUCGAGCCCGUUGACAUCAAGGCCCAAGCCGACCGCGCCCAAGCCGCUUCCUCCGAGAAGAACAUUGCACCUCGGCAUUUCCAUAACGCCAUUCCUGUUUUCUACGAGACUGCGAAGCAAUCGCCGAAGAACGCGUUUCUCCUUCCUUUCAUCGCAGACCCACCUACAACCACACUGCAACGAUUGAAGGGGCUGACAACCGGAACCCUGCCCACAUUUGUCGAUGCCGGAAGCAACUUCGCAGGCACUGCAAUCGAUGAGGAUAACCUGGUCGCACAACUGAAGGAUGCUGGCAAGAGGGUUGUUCAUUUGGGCGACGACACCUGGCACGCACUGUUUCCUGGGUACUUCGAGCCGAACCUUACCCACGCGUACGAUUCGUUCAACGUCUGGGACUUGCACACGGUUGACAAUGGCGUUACCGAACAUAUUUUCCCGCUCUUGAAGGGUGAGAACUCGACAAAAUGGGAUGUUAUCUUCGGACACUACCUGGGCGUGGACCACGCGGGGCAUCGUUAUGGACCAGACCACCCCGCCAUGGGAGCGAAGUUGAACGAGAUGGACGCCGUGUUUCGACGUAUGAUUGAAGAGCUCGACGAUGAUACGCUUCUUGUGGUCAUGGGCGACCAUGGCAUGGAUGCCAAGGGAGAUCAUGGUGGUGAAUCUGAUGACGAGAUUCAAGCCGCGCUGUGGAUGUAUUCAAAGAAGGGAGACUUUGGUCGCAUCGAUCCUUCUUUCGUACUCCCACCUGCACACGCAAAGGACAGAUCCGUUGCGCAGAUCGACCUUGUGCCCACUCUCUCGUUGCUCCUCGGCCUGCCAAUCCCAUUCAACAACCUCGGAAGGCCAAUCGAUGAGGCUUUUGCCAGUGCCAAGGUGAACGAUUUCGAGAAUCUGGCUACCGUCAAUCGUCUGGCAAGCGCUCAGAUCCAUCGCUACCAGGGCGAGUACGCCCAAGUUCGUGGCCUAGACGAAAGUACCUUCUCCACCUCCCAGUCCCUUUGGCCUAUCGCAAACGAAGCAUGGUCGACUGUCUUCCAGCGAACAUCUUUCGGUGGAAGUUCAGCGAAGUCGGAACAGAUGAAGGCUGCAUACAAAGCCUUCGCUGCUUACCAGCAGGAGAACUUGCGCAUCUGUCGCUCUCUUUGGGCACGGUUCGAUGUGCCCCGCAUGAUCAACGGUGUCCUGAUCCUCGGGCUCAGCGUACUCCUCAUUGCCCUCUACGCUCGAGGUUUGGUCGGUGACCGCGCUGAGGUUACACCUGUUUUCUUCACGAGGGGCCUUUUGGGCACUGUCCUUGGUGCUAUCCUUGGUUUUGUCGCGUCGAUUGUCGUGCCCGACACUCCGAAGGAGCAUGUUGUCACCUUUGCGGCAGCCGUGACUGGCAUCGUAGGCGUGUUGUCAGCCUUCUUCUCGCUCCGUAAUCGUCUUGCAUCUCCACUGCCCAACAGCAUUUGGGGAUGGACUAGUUUCAUUUUCACCAUCUCUCUGUCCGCAGGUUUCGCUGCCAACUCCUUUACCAUUUGGGAGGAUGAGAUUCUUCUGCAUUUUCUUACGACGUUCGGCAUACUUGCUCUUAUUUCCUCUUUCCGGCAGAAGAGUAUGUCCGACCGCACCCUUGGUGUCUACCACUCGAUUCUCUUCACUGUCCUGUUGCGUGUAGCAAGCUUUUCUAAGCUUUGCCGCGAGGAGCAGAUGCCGUAUUGCAAGUCGACAUACUAUGCAUCGGCUCUCUCUACCACCUCCGCGCCAUGGCAACUCAUCAUCCCGGUCGUCGCUGCGCUCCUCGUUCCUACCUUCAUCAAGAGCUACUAUGAUGGAACCAAGAGCUAUCAGAACAUGGCCGUGAUGUGGAUCGGUCUUGUUCUGCGCUUUGGCCUGAUGCUUUCAGCGGCAUACUGGGCUCUGGACGCGGCCGACGACGGCGACUGGUACCCAUCGUUGUCCGGCAUCAUCAAGAUUACCAAGCAAGCUCUCGCUCAGGGUGUACUCAUCCUGGCAUUUGGUAUUGGCUAUGCACUGUACAACUGGUCUAAGCCACUCCUUAACAUUCAAAUCAACAACCAGGGUCAGCCCAACGAGCAACUCAUUGUCCACGGCUACGCGAACGUCCACGGCAGCCGCUAUGCACUGCUCAUCACCAUCUGGUAUCUCGCCGUUGCGAUCCUCCAGAAACCCAUGGGCGCAGGUGCAAUCGGCAUCCUCGUGUGGCAACUCUUCUCGCUCCUCGAAAUCAUCGACACAAACAACCUGCGCCAGUCUUCCAUCGGCCCCAUCGUCCUCGGCCUCCUCGGCUCCUUCCACUACUUCAAAACCGGUCAUCAAGCCACCCUCUCCAGCAUCCAGUGGGAAUCCGCCUUCAUCCCGCUCAAAUCAAUCCGCUACCCUUGGACCCCCAUCGUCGUCAUCCUCAACACCUUCGGUGCCCAGAUCCUGUGCGCCAUCGCCGUCCCCGCACUCGUCCUGUGGAAGGUAAAUCCCAAGCAGAAACGCCUCUUGAGCACGGUUGCCAAGGCGAUCGCGACGCACAUCCUCUUCUACGCUGUCGUGAAUCUGGCGACGACGAUGUGGGCCGGCCACCUGCGGAGACAUCUCAUGCUCUAUCGCAUCUUCAGCCCGAGGUGGAUGCUCGGCGCCGCAGUGCUGGUCGUGGUCGACGUGGUGGCGAUUUUCGUGGGGCUGUGGGGAUCCAGAAUGAGUAUUCUGAGUGUUGCGGAGGUGUUUGGGUUUGCGUAGGCAGACAAGCAAACGAGGCAAGGGGAGGUGUUGUGUAGAUACGGAUAUUGCAUUGCAUGCGUCUGGCGACGCCGGGUGUCUUGUUUGUUAUAGCAUUGAGACGGUUGUCUUGCGGGCACCGUCGUUAACUAGCGUUUUCAGAAGUUCUGGUGCCGUUG